CAGCCAAUCAAGAGCCAUUGUUGUAUUCACUGCUGAGAGGUAAACAUAGACCAUGGAACCGGGGACGGUGGAUCGAGUUUUGCGAAUGAUACUCCAUUCUUAUUUCGUGUUAUGUAUAAUGUCAGUAUUAUCUGCAGCUGAUGAUUGUGCCAAGGUUGAUUCAUGUACAUGCAAGACAUCAAAACGGACUAUCAACCUGCACCCGUUAUCAGCAAAUCCCGGACCAAGGUUCACCAUUUCUGGUAAAAGCAACGACAAGCACUUCUACAAUCCAUGCAAAGAUUUCACAAAGGGAGGUAUAACUGGUGUGGUCAUUCAAGAACAAGGUGGAGUUGACUAUGACAAUGGGGAUGACAGUACAGCAGCCUUCACUGGUGACCCUGACCUUGGCACCUUGGUCUUGACCUAUAAACACGCUGAUGGUGCUCUCAUGAGAAUUUCAAACAUCAAGUUAUUGUGCAAGCAAAAUACGGAUGAACUGGUCUUUGAUAAUGAGGAGCCAACAGGUACUUAUCACUUUAGGUUGUACACGCAACACAUGUGUAUUGGAGGGCAGUCCGGGGGCCUCAGUACAGGAUCUGUGCUUGUAAUUAUAUUCUUUGUGUUCCUGUUGGUGUAUUUGAUAGCAGGAAUCUUGUUCCUGAAGUUUGUCCGAAAAGCUGAGGGAACAGAAAUGGUUCCGAACUACGUCGAAUUUUGGGCUGCCUUGCCUUCCUAUAUACGGGAAGGAGUGUAUUUCACAUUCCGAGGAUUCAAGACUGAAGCAACAUAUGAGAAGAUUUGAUUGGCACUCCACGUUUUUGUUUUUUGUGUGUGCAAGGAAUUCAUAUUUCACCGUUCUAUGUGGCGUUUAAUUCAUAAAAUCAAAAACUCAUGUGUGCAAUCAGUGUUAUUUAUGCAUAUAUCAUUUUCUAAAAAUAUUCCAGAAUGGCUUUUUAUAUUUAUCAGGGAUAAAUGGAACUUUGUGUGAUAUAGCUCAUUGAGAAGUAUUUUUGUGUUCAUGUGAUGUUUUGAAUAACUACAUGCAGUGAUUUCUUCAACAUGACAUUCUUCAUCUGUUCCUUUUUGGCAGUCUGUGGAAGUAAGAGGUGUAAUGUCAUCCACAGAGAGUAUCAAACUCAGGGAUUAGGUGACCCACUUGUCUUGGAAACAGGUCAUGCAGUUGUUGUGGGCACAGGGGAUCCAGUUGUGGGCACAGGGGAUCCAGUUGUGGGCACAGGGGAUCCAUACUUAUGCUUCACUGAGUUAUGUCCCCUUAUCAAGCAAGAAACCUUUGUCUUUGGUUUGAAUGGUUAUGGUGCUGGUUUGUGAGCUCCUCACUUCAGUUAAAUGUGUAUGCUGCCUGCAUCACUCAAAUUCUAAUAACAGAAGUUUUCCAUGAUCUCUUAGAGCAGUGGCCAGUCGGGUAGGGGAGGGGAUAUGGUGCACAGUGGUGUAGCAUAGCAGUGGGAGGCAUUUAAUUUUAGAUGCCACUCAAAGAAAAUUCUAAUAACAGAAGUUUUCUAUGAUCUCUUAGAGCAGUGGCCAGUCAGAUAGGGGAGAGGAUAUGGUGCACAGUGGUGUGGUAAGCAGUGGGAGGCAGACUAUAUGGGUGCACAGUGUUGUAGCAUAGCAGUGGGAGGCAUUUAAUUUUAGAUGCCACUCAAAGAAAAUUCUAAUAACAGAAGUUUUCUAUGAUCUCUUUGAGCAUUGACUCUGGGAUAGAUGAAUAGGUACACAAUCAUGUGGCUUAGUAGGUAGAGAUAGGGGUUGGGGUAGCCUAGUGGUUAAAGCGUUCACUCGUCACACUGAAGACCCAUGUUAGAUGCCCCACAUAGGUACAAUGUGUAAAGCCCAUUUCUGGUGUACCCCGCCAUGAUAUUGCAGGAAUAUUGCCAAAGCGACGUCAAACUAAACACGUUGACUAGAGGUAAUGGAGGGGAUAUGAGUGCACAGUCAUGUGACAUUGCAGCUGGUGAUACUCCACUGGGGGAUAUAGGUGUAUGGGCAGUGUAUGUGUGUGUUUGAUGAGGAAGAUUCUGAAACACUCAAUAAACUGUUCUACUAGAAUUGUCCCAUUCAUAAUAUAUUUCCAACCUUCUUUUGUAUAGGUUCGUCAGAUUAGUUUAUGUUGAAUGAUAUAUAGUAUAUAUUGGAUAGAUCUGAAGUAGAUGUUUCAGUGAUGAUAUAUUUCCAGCCUGCUUUUGGAUGUUUUAUCAGAUUAUAUUGUUUUGAAUUAUGUGUCAGAUGUAGAUUUUCUUAUAUUAGAUGUGAAUCCAUGUGUAUUUAAUUCCUGCCAAGGUCUGUGAACAUAUAAAAGGUCAUGGUUGUCUGAUUUGUAGAUAAGGAUCCACAUGGCACCACUGCGUUUGCCCACAAGGAGAUACUUAGUUUUGGCUCUUAGAUCUGAAGUAGAUGUGGAUCCACAUGUAUUUAAUUCAUAUAACUGUCUGCCCUUUAGGAGAUACUACGUUUAGGCUAUUAGAUCUGAAGUAGAUGUGGAUCCACAUGUAUUUAAUUCAUGAAACUGUCUGCCCACAAGGAGAUACUAAGUUUUAACUCUUAGUUCUGAAGUAGAUGUGGAUCUGAAGUAGAUGUGGAUCCACAUGUAUUUAAUUCAUGAAACUGUCUGCCCACAAGGAGAUACUAAGUUUUAACUCUUAGUUCUGAAGUAGAUGUGGAUCCACAUGUAUUUAAUUCAUAAAACUGUCUGCCCUUUAGGAGAUACUAAGUUUUGGCUAUUAGAUCUGAAGUAGAUGUGGAUCCACAUGUGUUUAAUUCAUGAAACUCUCUUCCCACUAGAAGAUGUUAAUUUUUUACUCUUAGAUCUGAAGAAGAUGUGGGUCCACAUGUGUUUAAUCAUGAAACUGUCUGCCCACUAGGAGAUACUAAGUUUUGGCUAUUAGAUCUGAAGUGGAUGUUUAUCCUCAUGUAUACUGACCCAAUCUGCAAAAUGGCUAUUGGCGUUUUCAUCAUGGCAGCAUAUUUUACAAGUGGUAUUAAAGUAGAUACGGAUACUCUGUCCAUGCAAGAUUCGUUUCUGGAACAUAUCUUGAAAACUUUGUCUUCCCAAAGCAAAUGUCCAUGCCUUUGUUUAGUCCUUACUCUGACUGUCAGCCUGAACCAAAAUGUUUACAAAGUGUGGACGAUGAAAUGUUUUGUAAAUUAAUGUGGACAAUACUAGUGUACCUUGCUUGCAUUAACAAAGUUAUGCAAUAUAACCUGGACGUAGUAGGGAUAUUUUUUGUCAGGUAUAGCUCACAUGAAUUUAAGCAAUGACCACAAAAUAACAGAACUGAUAAUAUAUAACAUAAUUAAGGGCUAAAUUAGACACCACAUGGGUACAAUGUGUGAAGCCUAUUUUGGUGUCCCUGCUGUGAUGUUGCUGGAAUAUUGCUAAAUGCGGCGUAAAACCCGUCUCUCACCUACUAAGUUCAGGGUCAAAUUUCUUUACACAAGCUGAUCCAAUAGUUAUGAUUGUCCACAACUGUGUAUGACAGCUGCUGAUGCUGAGCAUCUGUCAUUUUAGGGACCUUGUCAGAUAAUCAUAUGAUUACAAGCAAACCAGCUCAUCCACACAGUAAACAUUUUCAGUAGAGUAGCAGCAGCAGCAGCAGCAGCAGCAGCAGCUGAAGGAUGUUUCUAACUGUGUAAUAAAAUCUGGAACACGUAUAAUUUCCUGUGGUGACCUGUCCUGCCCAUUUCAAAUAUGGGUCUAAUGUAGGAUUUCCUGUUUUUGAUUUCAUGGAAGUUCUAUCACAUGCCAUCAGAUUAAGUUUAGUUGUGAAGAUAACAUCCAUAUCGUCCCACAGGGCAUUAUGGCUUUCAAGCUUACACUUUUGGUGUCUAUCGUCUAUCUAAAGUUCAGAUGUGAUACAUAUAAAAUGAUAGAAAGAACACCAAGUUUUGUUAAGAAGUGAAUUAAGGCUAUGCUUGUUUUGGUUGUUGUUUAAUGCUGCUCAGUAAUAUUCCCGAUAUGAUAAUGGUCAGUAAAUAAUUGAGUCAGGAACAGACUCCAGUGAUUGGCAGCAGGAGAAUCAACAUGGACAUUUCCGAUAUGAUAGCAUGCAUCAACCAAGUGCUUUGUACAUCGUUAUUACUUCAUACUUCCAUAAAUGCAAUAAAGUCUAUUCUUAGUUAAUUAA